AUGGAGAGUGAUUCCAACCGCAUCGUCAGUUCAACCGCAAUGACGCCAUCUACAUCCCAUCGAAGACAUUCGGGACCAGAAAGCGAGUCUGCUAAGAAGCGAAAGCGGAACAGUCGUGCUUGUGAUCGAUGUCAUCAGAACGCAUGUCGAUGCUCUCCUGGUGUUGAAGGCAUACCGUGUAGUCGCUGUACUGAUCAAGGCGUUGAAUGCACAUACGAUCGGCCAGCAAAACGACGAGGCCCUCCCCCUCGAAGGGCUGGCGGCGCAAACAAUGGGCGAGACAUACGAGAACACCCCGAAACCACACCGCGGUCUCAACGGCAGAACAGCACUGCAACGACUGUAGGGAAUGAGCAGACUCCCGGUCUCUCCUCUCACCUUGUUGGCCCUUCCCACGAUGCAGCAGCCAACCGAGAUAUCGAUGAUUCGUCUUUUCUAUCGCCGGCAGUGCAUGGAGGCCAGCACGAACAUACUUCCAAUGUAAACGAUGCAUCUCGUCCUAGAACUACCAUUUUUGACGAUGUCAUUCAACCGGAUAUUCUGGAGAAACUCGUCGAGAUCUUUUACCACACAGCCUACCCGGUCAGGCCUUAUUUUCACUGGCCAAGCUACCGUGCACAAAUUCGGUCGCGGCAAUACCGAUCUGACUGGGGUCUCUAUACAUUUACCAUGUCAAUCUGUACGAUGGCUGCCGGGCGUCUCUGUGACGGUGUGCUAAUGCCAAACGGUCCACACCCUCUCCGCCAACAAGCUGCUACUCUAUUCAAGAAAUGUUACCGAGCCACAAUCGAUGCCAUCCCAAGUGACAUUACGACUGUGCCGGAUCAAUACCAAGCUAUGAAGGCAAAGGCCAUACUGGCUGCCGCAUGCUUGCAAAGCGGAGAUUGGAAGACAGCCACUGUUCACCUCGGCGAUUAUGCUUCCCUAUCUGCAAUGACCGGAUUUUGCCAAGAGUCGAAUUGGCCAUCACGCCUCACCGAGAUCCAAAAGCAAGAGAGGCGCAGAGUGUUUUGGGGAGUAUAUCAACAAGAACAAUAUCUGUCGAGCAAUUUCAAUUUUGCAUCACGACAACGGGAGGUCAAGGCAAUGGUCAAGUACCCCGUUGAGGUGUUUGACGACGAUGAUAUUACCGAGACCGGGGUGCAAUUGUGGUCUGAGCACGUGUCUUUCGUCAAGGGGUUCAAUUUUUGUACUGAUCUUUAUCGCAUCCUGGAACGUAUGGAAGGUACUGUAAGAGCAAGGCAGCAAGCUACAUCCUCCGAGCCAGGCGGCAAAAUUGAGGCCUUCUUCUCCCAGAUUUAUCCUUCAAAGAAACUGGCGGCCGACAGCCUGCACCUUGUCUCACAACUCUAUGACGAGUUGCCACAGGAACUCAAGCAGCCAAAGGUCUUGGCCGGCGAUCUCCGAGCAGAUCGAUACGGAUUUAUAGCAUCUAACGUUCUUCUUACCACUCAGACAUUGCGAAUGUUACUGGUAGGGACUGGGACACCAAACAUACACCUACGCUGCGCCAUUGCCAGCGAGCUUCUUGAUCAGUUAAGUACUAUCCCGAUUGCCUUCUUUCACGCAUCGAGUACUGUAUCCUUGCAUCAUCUGGCACAUAUCGGCCAUAUGCUCGGAGGCGAUGUACACGAUACACUCCCCAUCUGGACCUAUUUGCAAGUCCGCAACAUUCUCAUUGUGCUUGCCGAUUUCCUCGAGAAGAUUGAGUCCGACCGAAUGAUUACUACUGGGCUUGCCGAGAAGCUCCGAGCGCAGAUUGACCGCAUCGAUCACUCCAUGAAGCAAGCCUCUCAAUCAGAGCACGAGACUGGGCUGCUAUCAAUGGGCAAGAGUUUACUGCCAGAUUGGCAGAACUUGUCGGGUCCAGCUUCUGGGCUUGUUGCAGCAGAGCAGUCGCAGCUUACACCUGACGUGAUGAAGCAGUAUAGAUCUCCACCAGCGCACUCAGCUACCAACUAUGGGACUGGCACUCCUAUGCAGUCUCUCUUUCGCGAUGCAACACAAUCGGCACACCAUAGCACAAGCACUGUGAAUGCCACGCAUUCCCAACAGCCACCGCCAGACCGAGACUCUUCAUUUCUCAUGAAUGCUUUAGCCGUGCCCGUGAAUCCCCGGGAUCCCUUCUCUGGAGGCAUCUCUCAUAAUUCCACCGCUUUUGCAAUUCCAAACCAGCUGGACUUCAGCGCAACUCAACCGCCGAUGGAGGAGACGCUCCACAGCUACUCCUCGCCCUCCGGCAAAAGUUUUGACGGCAUGUACUCGCAAUUUGACCCUGCCUACUUCAAGACAAAGACGCCGACUAUUUCAGGCGUGGCCGGAUCCACCGGUGAGAUCAGCGGAUCUUGCUCGAACACCUCCUCCACCUUGAGCUUCUAUGGAUACACUGAGAACUGCAACUAG